AAUUAGGAUUCUUUUUCCUGUGUAGUUAAAAUGGCUAGUCGUCGGAUGUCUCUUAGCGUUCAUUGGGAUGGACAGUUAGUUAUGGAUGGAAAUGGUCCCCGAUAUUUCGGUGGUCGUAAGAAAUUGAUCGCGAUUCGUUCAGAUACGACCUAUACGAAUUUUGAGAGGAGAAUGUAUCGUUUAGUAAAUUGUAAUAGAGAAGAAUGUUGUCUUAAAUACAAAAUUCGAUGCCCUAUGGGACCGAAUGAAUAUAUUGAUCAUGAUAUAGUAGAUGAUGAAUCAUUGGAGGGUUUAAUUGGAUUGUCUGAACAUUAUGGAUGUGUGUCGCUAUACAUCGAGAAAGAUUUAUAUCCGUCGGAGACACAAUAUCAGUCGCAAGGUUAUUACACAAGCCUGCUACAAAAUGACAUCGAUGUGGGUUUUCCGGAUGCUCCAAUUGGUGACCGUGAAGUUGGUAAUGAACCAGACACUUAUCAGAUGACAAGACAGAUUCAGUCUCCACGUGCGCAACCCUCCACCGCACGUGCGCAACCCUCGACGUCACGUGCGCAGCCCGAGACUUCACGUGACGAACCCACGAUAUUUCAUACACCUAAUGAAAAUUACGAUUGGGGGCUAUCUACGUCCUAUGCAAAUUGGAAUGAAGUUCUUGAUAAUCUAGUCGAGGAAGGAGAUGAUAACGACGGUAAUCAGGACGAUGCCCCCAUUCAUAAUGAUGGUAAUCAGGAUGAUUCACCCAUUCGUAAUGACGAUAAUCAGGAUGAUGAACCCAUUCAUGAGGACGACGAUUGGAAUGAUCUAGCUGCCGACAUUGAAGAUGAUCACGAUGGUGGAUUAAAUUGCCUCGCGAAUGCCAUUUACAGUUUGAAUGAUGACCCGCAUGUAAACAACGAAUAUGUAGACAAUCCUGACGAAGAGCUUGAUUUCAUUGACCAUCCGGAGCAAUUUCCUACAGAUAACAAUUGGAUACAAGAGUAUGUUGUGAAUUCGAGUGAGUUCGAUGUUAGACGUACCAAUUCCGAUCUACCUAGCAUUGACGGCACUUGGCUCCGUGAAAUCUUUAAAGAUAAGGCAUCUUUAGUGGAUGCUCUAGAUCGAUGGCACAUUACUCACAAUGUUCAGAUGAAAGUUUUGAAAUCUACCAAAACAACUUAUACAGUGAAAUGCACAGUUGAGGGAUGUCCUUGGAGGUUACACGCUUCGGUUCCUAAAGAUGCAACAUAUUUCAGAGUUAAGACAUAUGCGGGUCAACACACUUGUGUUAUUCCAAUGCUAAAUGCGGCGCACCGUAAUUGUACUUCAAAUCUCAUAUGCCAAGUAAUUCUCCCGUUAAUGAAGGCAAGACUAAAUAUGACGCCAAAAGAAGUGCAGGAAACGGUGCGAUCCACUUUGCAUGUUCAAAUAAGUUAUUGGAAGGCAUGGCUGGCAAGGAGCAAAGCAUUACAGAUUAUUUACGGGAGCUGGGAGCAGUCAUACACAGACUUGCCUCGGUAUCUUACUAUGCUACAGAGUACUAAUCAUGGAACUUUUUGGCGGCUUGAUCAUAGAUGGCCAUCAGAGGGAAUAUGUCAGUUUGGCCGUGUUUUCUGGUCAUUUGCUCCUUCUAUUCAGGGAUUCGCACAUUGUCGGCCUGUGGUGAGCAUUGAUGCCACUCACUUGUAUGGCAAAUACGAAGGCCAUGCAUUGAUAGCGACGGCUGUCGAUGCGAAUGAUAGCAUUUUUUCCUUGGCUUUUGCAAUUUGCGAAGGCGAAAAUGGUAGAAGUUGGCGUUGGUUUUUACAUAACUUGGGGCAUUAUGUUAUACGCAAUCGACCGGUUUGUUUUAUAUCCGAUAAAUUUAGUGGCUUAAAGGAAAUAGUGGCUGAGUUAUAUCCCACUCGACAAGGGCAUGUACACCGGUGGUGUCUUCGACACAUGAAAGCAAAUAUGGCUAAGCGGUUUAAAAAUGAUUCAUUAUUAGACAAAUUCUAUUGUAUCGGCAGUGCUCUAACAUCGGUACAAUAUUAUAAACUGAAAGAUGAGUUACUCGCGCUAGAUCAAGAUGCUUGGAAGUGGGUCGAUGAGCUCGAAGUAUACAAAGAGUAUUGGGCGUGGGCAUUUGAUGGAGGCCGACGCUUCGGGUUGAUGACCACAAAUAUGUCCAAGAGUUUAAAUAGGGUAUUUAAGGGAAUUCGUGCUAUCCCAGUAACGGUAUUUGUCGCGGAAACUUUUUAUAAACUUAAUAGUUGUUUUAUAAAGCGUCGUGAAAAUGGUAAAAGUAUGACGGCCACGUUAGCACCUAAAAUACAAAGUCGGAUUACGAUGAAUAUGGUGACGGCGCGGGGACACCUUGUAUAUCGAUUUGGCCCUAAUGAGUUUGAAGUCCAAACAGGACACUCUGAUUACAAUGUUACCCUUAAUGGAACACAAGCGGAUUGUGAUUGCGGCGAAUUCAAGCUAACGGGCAUACCUUGCUCGCAUAUUUUAACAGUUUGCAGUAAUUCACAACUAAGAAUAGAUUAUCAUAGCCUUUGUUCCCAUUGGUAUACUGUAGAGUGUUAUUGUCAGACAUACGCACCGCUUUUCCAUCCAGUUUCAGACAGAUGCUACUGGCCACGACCCCAGGAGCCACCAAUUGUACCGCCUCCCGUGAGAAGGAAGAAAGGUCGACCACGAUCAACACGUAUUCGUAAUAUAAUGGACGAAACAAGUGGACGACGAACAAAAUGUAGCAUUUGUAAGUAGGGAGGUCAUUAUAGAAACACCUGUCCACAGAAUACAGAGAUAGCACAAUAAGGACGUCGACGUAGGACUUGAUAUCUAACUUAAUAGUAUUUAUAAAACUUUCAAUCUUUCAAUAUUCAAUGCGCUUUUUGAUAAUAUGUUACUAAUUACAAAUUAUUUAAA